ACGUGCAGCUGUUUUGUCGAAAAUCUGAUUGUGCGGCGGUCAAAUUUUCCCAAUUUUUAAACGACAUCGAUCGAAUUUCUGUAUUUUGGGCUGCUGAUUUCAGUGAAAAAAUAAGUUUAGACUUAGUUUUGCUCUGAACCUGUGAUGGAGACUCGAAAGCGCAAGCGAAAAAGUGAAGCAAUAGUCGUGAACUGCGAGCAAAAUGAGGACGCAGCGGACACUUCAAAACGACAGAAACAAGACAAGCUGAUUGCGCCCAAGCACGAGAGAUCCGUCCAAUGGUUUCACCAAAGACUCAACUCCGUCCAGCUAUCGGCUGGAUUUCCGGAGUUCCAAGCGACUCGCUACUUCCAUCCGAACUUGCUGCAGCUGCCACUACAGCCGAACGUCCUUACGGCGGAAACCCUCCACAAUCACUACAAACGUCCACUCUGGACAACGAGCCACCCAAUCCCUGUGGUAACGCAUCGGUUUGACCAAGCGAACCGCACCGAGUGGGCGGAACCGAUGCUCCGACUUUACCAGGCCAAAGCCCAACACCGCCAAAAGCUCACCGUCCUGAAGUUGACUUAUGCGAGGAAGAAGGUCACGCUGCGGAAGAAAAUCAACGGCCGGCGGGGACUUCUUCCCACGUUGUUGUUGCGCAUAGCGGAAGAACUGGACCGCGAUCCGGACCAGUGGUUCACGGAUGUCCGCGGGUACGACUACUACUUUACCGGCGGAAAUCUGGACGUGAUCGUUGGGACGCAGUUUCGCUGGCUGAUCAACACCGUCGGGGAAGCGAUGAACACCGUUGAGAUGGUUCCGUUUGAAUUGGACGGAUCGCAGCUCAACGUACUGAGUGAGCAAGCUGAACGGUUUGAGCUGGGCGAGGGCGGAGCGGUUUUUGAAAUUCAGCACCGGAAAAUGACCCCAACCGGACAGUAUUCGCACAUUGCGCUGCGACGCAAGUUUCAAAUCGACGUUCUGUACUCGAAAACGGGCAGCGAGGCGAUGAAAACGCACUCGGUGCGAUCGGAGGUGCCAUUCAUAUCUUGCUGCUUUCUGGGGAGGACUGACGAUUCCGUUGGUCUCCUCUGCACGAGCGACCUGGAAAAGAUCGUCAAAGUGAUGGAAUACACGCCAAAGAAGGUCUGGCUGUACAAGUUGCAGUUGGUAAAGUUCCCGGAGGACGAAUGCUGGACCUGCCUGCGACCACUCACCCGAACCUCGGUCAUCUGCUUGGAUCGUAAAACGGUCAAGUUGAUCAAGCUGCAGGAAGAUGGGCUCUCGCUAGUUCUGGAGACGCCCCUUUCCACCUGGUUGUGGCCGUGCGAAAGCGCCACCUGUUUGGAAAUUUGCCCCGAGGAGAGCCUGCUGCUGAUUGGAACCACCCACAGGUUGCUUGUUCUGCGAUACGAUUCGCACCAGGGAGCGGAAGGCGAGUUUCAGCAAAUGAUCACGUUCACCCACAAUUUGCAGUUUCAUUUGACGAUGAUUCGCUACCGGGUGGAUUCGACGCGGAAGCAGUACUACGUUCAUCUUUCGUCGCACUUGGCGGGCGAUACGAUGCUCUGCACCUUCUCCAAAGCUCCCCCCAAACGCUUUACCACCCGCACCCUGCCGGUAAAACCGCUCACAAUCCAAGAAUCGGUCUACAUGGCCCGCACCAAGGGCAAGUGUCUCUUCCCUGCGGCCACGCUCCGGAACCGCCUCAAGCUGUUCCACUCCGGCAUCGCCAUCGUCGCCGACCGCGACCGCUUCCACCUGCUGGUCCAAAACUCCCUCGGCGACAUCUACCAGCAGCGGCUCGACCCGGACAGCGAUUCCGCCGACACGGACCAAGUCGCGGCUAAACUCCACGCGUGGAUGAUCCAGCUGCGGGACAUCAACGCCGCUGCGCAAGGCCCCGUGGCCAACGACUACAAGAUCCAGCGGGGUUUGCGCGCAGUCUUCCGGCAUUCAGAGUCAACAAAAGACAUCAAACCAAUAACGACAUCCCAGAAGCGACCGCCCCGCUGGCGGCAGACCGUCGAACAGCUGCACCAGUACAAGGACCACCUGGCCGCGACCAUGCUCUCGAUUUGGGGCUUCCGACCGGACGUGACCGAAUCGCAGCAGAAUCUGUCGCAGUCGAGAUACCUGACCGAAACCAUCAGCGUCGAGGACCGGAUCGUGGACUGGUUGGACGCCACGACGGACGGUUCGCCCGAGCUGGUGGAGAUACUGGACGAGCCCCUUAUGAUGGAUGCGAUUGUGAAGGAGGAAUCGCAGCUGCAGCUUCCCGUAGAAGAAGGGGAGGAUAGAGUGGUGGAGAAGCCAAAUCAAAUGUUGGUGAAGAUGGAGAGAACUCCGGUGGCUCAGGUGGUGGUGAAGACGGAACCGCUGGGUGGAACGCCGCUGAGUGCAGCGAAGGGAAAGUCGGCGCGCAAACGAUAUGUGCAGGGAUUUUAAAGCUCAGUAAAGGUUUUUUUAUUGCUGAAAAUAUUCUGAAUAAAAUGUUUGUCUAUUUUUCAA